AUGCUGAAAUUAUUUUUUUCUAUUUCCAUUUUGUUUCUCGUGGCUCACGGAGCGAUUGAGCUGGGAUGUAGUAGUCCACCUCUGCCAAGAUCGAAUGGUGGAUGUCCCCCAGGAUUCACAAAUGUCACUGAUGGAUGUUGUCUGGAUUCUGACACAUACAUCGUCACUCCAUCCACCACACCAACUCCAACUACAGUAACCACCGCUCGACCUUGCCAAGAUAAGAUUAAUCCCGCGACUGGAACAAGUGACUGUCCAAAACGAGCAUAUUUGUGCACGGAUCCAAAUUAUAAAAAAGUGAUGAAAGAUCAGUGUGCAAAAACAUGUGGCUACUGUACAACUGGACCAACUACGACAGCGCCAAAGUGUUCGGAUAAAAUUAAUCCGAAUACUGGAACGAGUGAUUGUCGGAAGAAAAAGUACUUGUGUACGGAUCCAACGUACAAACGAUUGAUGAAGGAGCAGUGUCCGGAGACAUGUGGAUGUUGCUAA